AUGUCGUCUGCUUGGGACCUCUCUCGGGGAGGCCUCUGCUGCCUUCUGCCUCGGGGCUCAGUCCCUCUCUCAACAGAAGAUCCUGCAGGUGCCGAGGAAGGCGGGCUCCCCGUGCACACCCUGCUGCCCAUGAGGGAAUGCCGGGUGCCCAAGCAGGAGCUCUACCGAGCCCUCUACCGAAUGCAGCGGGACUCCAAAGUGUGUCUUGCGGCCCCUGCACCUGACGCUUGGGCAGGUGUGAUCUGGGUGACCUGGUUCCCGCACAGCCGCUCCAGCACAGCAGCGGUUAGCCGCCACAGGCCCCGAGCCCCCAGCAAGACACGGUUACAAAUGCAGAGUCCUGGCCUGCAGCUCAGCAACCUCCCCCAAAUGCCCGAGCCGGGUCCUCACCCCGAGGCGGACACAGUCCAGAGAAUUCGCAUCAAAUCCUGCUACCUUGAGGAUGCCACCGUCGGCCACAGUACCAAAAUGACCGUCGUCUCAGAAGGCCCUGGCUGGGGUGGGGCUGUGGGGCUCGGACACGACAGCAGGAGGGACCCUAGGGGGGAGCAGGAGGACACAGGUAAGCGUGGGGGCCCCAUCCGUUCCACGCUCACCCCAGGCAGCGCUCUGUUGGGGCCACACCCCUGAGGCACAGGCCCUGACCCGAGCCAGACAUCCGCGCUGACGGAGGGAGCGGUGCUGGGAGAAGCACUGGCUCGGCUCCGGGACUGCAGCCUUCUUGGGCCGGGCCGGACACAGUGAGGCCGAUGCCAAGCCCAGGCCUCUCCUGUGGCCGCCACACUCA